AUGUCUUCCCAGACGUCCAAGAACAACACCCCCAGCACCCCGGCCACGAGCAGCAAGGCGGCCCAAAAAGCCCCUGCUCGGCCCAAGGACGAUAGCGACAGCGAGGACGAGGAAGACCAGCUCCGUAGACAGGUUGCUCAAACCAACCAGGAGUUCCAUGAACAGACGCUCCGCGCAACCCAACUCCAAGAGGAACUCCAGGCUUUCCGAGCCAGUGCUAACGUUACCUCAACCCCUCUUGAUGGGCGCGAGAGAUUCAAGCUUAACCCCCCAGCCACAUUCGAUGGCACACCUGGACAAUUUAAAGGGUACUUUGUACAGGGCCACACGCCCGCCCCGUAG